AUGGCAGCAGGAGCUGUGGAGGAUAGUAAGCAGCAUGAGCUCCCAUUUCUGCUAGAGAAGUGGCUUUCUUGCAUCGACUACCUGGCUGCGGAUUGCUUGGGGGGCCCAAAGGUUAUAAGGCUUGCUCAUGUUAUUAACAUGCAAAAGGGAGGUACACUGCUCAUUUGCCUCUUGAUGAUGAAGAAGUCAGGAAACUAUUCCGCGACGGCAACGACGUACACCGCCCUCCACGGCGGAUAUGGCCUUUGCUGGUUGCUGAAGGAGCUUAUAUUUCCUGAUCAAAAGUGGCAGAAAAAAAUCACCUUUGGAAGUGCCAUCGCCGUCUUCUUGAGUGUAUUGGGCCCUUAUUGGUAUAUUGCGUAUAACGCCAUUAUGUGCCACGCAGAGCAGUCCAACAUGUCACUAUGCGUGGCCAUCAUCGUCUACUCCAUUGGAAUUGCUUUGAUGAUGGGCAGUGAUUGCCAGAAAUACUUUGUCUUGAAAAAGGAGAAGGGGCUGAUCACAGAUGGCUUCUUUUCUCGCAUUCGACACCCCAACUACCUGGGAGAGAUGCUCAUUUACGGCUCCUUUGCCUUCGUCUCGAAGGAUAUUCGGUCGUUUGGCGUCCUCGCGUGGGUGUGGGUUGGACUCUUCGCCCCAUUCAUUUUGCGAAAGGAGCGAAGCAUGAGCCGUUACAGGGGCUGGCGCUCCUACACACUCCGCUCUGGGCUACUUUGGCCGCGCCUUUUCCCCGCAAAAGAACGCGCUGCGGCAUGCUAG